CUCUUUCAUCUGGAUGAUUAUAACACAACUUGGAAUUCUCACAAUCAAUCGCUGUCGUUGAGUUCUUUUGGAAAUAUCCCGUAUCAAGCGUAAACACCACCUGGGGCUGAAGCUGAACCCACCAGCAUGAAGUUCUCCCUGUUAUCGACCCUCGUGGUCGCUCUCGCUACUGACACCGCUGUCGGAUCGACGUGGUUCGGUAAAGCUGCCUAUAAUAACUGGCAUGAGACGGAGCUGGAGCGAUGGUUGUCGGACCACAGCAUCCCCCAUACCACGCCCUCUGACCGCAAGGAACUGGAGGAUCUCGUCAAGAAGAAUUGGCGGGCCAAGAUCGUCUCUCCCUACGAGGAGUGGGACGUUCAGCAGCUUCAAUCCUACCUGGCCCUCAAGGGCAAGGAGGUUCAAGGCGCUGCGGCGAAGAACAAGGAUUCCCUCCUGCAGCAAGUCAAGAACAACUGGUGGGACACGGAAGAAAAGGCUUUCGAGUCAUGGAACAGCGUGAAGGACUGGAUCUUCGACUCCUGGUCCGAAUCCCAACUCAAAUCCUACCUUGACCGCCACGCCGUCCCCAAUCCCCAACCCCGCUCCCGUGACGCCUACCUCGCCUCUGCCCGCGAGACCUACCAAUCCGUCGCCGACAAAGUCGGCGAAAAAGCCGCCUACCCGGGCAACUGGCUCUACGACACCUGGUCCGAAUCCGAGCUCAAAGCCUGGCUCGACGAGCGCGGCUACCCGGUCCCGCAGCCUACCACCCGCGAUACGCUCAUCGCCUCCGUGCGCCGCAACUCCCGCCUCGCCGCGCAGUCCCUUUCCGCGCGGUCCGCCUCCGAUUCGUCCGCCAUGGCCUCCGCGACUAACUACCUCUCCGAUAAGCUCCUCGAGUCGUGGAGCGACGCUCAGAUCAAGGCCUGGGCCGACGAGCAGGGUAUCCCCGUCCCGCAGGGCUCCAAGCGCAACGAGCUGAUCGCCCUCGCCCGCCGCCACCGCGAGAACCUUGUGUCGUCCGCGUCCUCGGGCUCGGUGCACGCCACCAAGUCCGGGAAGAGCGCGUUCAACGCGGCGACGAGCAGCGCGGGGAACGAGGGCGCGCAGGCGACGGAGGAGGGGAAGUUGCGGUUCGAGGAUUAUUGGGUCGCAAUGCAUAAUCUGGUGGAUAUGGCGAGGGCGCAGUUCGGGUUUAUUCCGAGCGCGACGGCGAGCGUGGACCGGGCGAGUCGGAUUGCGAGUCUGGCGGCGAAGACGGCGAGUGCGAGCGCGAGCCGAGCGGCGGGGUAUUAUAAGAAUAAGGUGAAGGAGGAGUUGUAAGAGAUGUGGAGGAUGAAGGAUGAGGAGUGGUCGGGUCAUCGCCGUGGAGGGAGUUCUGUCAUGGAGGGUGUGGCUAUUCCAUGCGUACACAUCGAUGCUACUCCAUCAAAUUCGCCCCGUGUAUUAAUUCACCGUCUCUCUCUCAUCGAUGGUUGGUGGACAUACAUAUUUCCUUUCCUUUUCUUCCCAAAAACAAUCUUUUUUACUGUCCCCUCACACGGCAACACUACUGUACUAUGGUUCAUG